UUGUCCCAUUCUGCCUUCAGUGCUGAUGUCGAUGAGGAAGGCGAUAUCUCUCAUAUCAAGAAACUCGGCCUAAAAUCGUUAGUUUACCCACGAUCCUUGGCUGUAGACUGGAUUACCAACACACUGUACAUAAUUGAAUCUGGUUCUCGGAGAAUUGACGUUUCAUCUUACGAUGGUGAUCGUCGCACGGUACUUCUAGCUGAUGGCCUCACCUUGCCCCUAGAUAUUGCACUAGAUCCUUUGAGAGGAGAAAUGUUCUUCACGAACCAGUUCAAAGUUGAAGGAGCGGCUAUGGAUGGAUCCAGGAGACGCACUUUGAUCAAUACCCAUACUCACCAGGUGUCUGGAAUUGUGGUUGAUAUCCCGGCAAAAAGGGUAUACUGGGUUGACCCGAAAGGUAAUGAUCGACGUAUUGUUGCACAAGGCAUGAACAAUGUUCCACAUCCAUUUGGCCUUGCUCUAUUCGAUCAGUACCUGUACUGGACAGAUUGGACUCGUCUUGGGCCCGGCCAAAGUGAAUGUCUAGCGCAGAAGAUCGAAAAUCCAUGUGCUACAGCUGAUUGUGAAGGAAUGUGCGUUUUGUCAAAGGAUGCAGGUGGUUUUGGAGUUGGCUUCAGAUGCACAUGCCCCAUUGGCCAGAAAUUAGUAGAAGGCAAAAAAUGCGUUGAUUCCAUCGACUAUCUACUGUUUUCAAGCAACAAAAUCGUGCGGGGUAUCUUCCCAGAUCAGGGCAAUUUGCACAUUCAGGUACAGAACUCUCUAUCUGAGGCAAUUCUGCCCAUAUCUCCCAUAUCUCAACGAAGAAUUGGGAUGUACUUUGAAGUGGAGUGUGAUGUGCAUGGGAAUAGCUUCUUCUAUGCGGAUAUCAUGGAUAAUACGGUAUAUCGAUGCCAUAUGGAUGGUGCCAAUUGCGUGAUGAUCCGUAACACCACACUCGGACGCCCAUCCGAAAUGGCCAUCGACUUCGAGCAGGAUCGUCUCUGCUGGGGUGAUACGCUUCUAAAAAUGAUUAGUUGCAUGGAUUUCGAUGGAUCAAAGGUCGUUGCCCUCCCUGUGGACAAUCCAAUCCCGGUCGCAUUGACGGUUAUGGGUGAUCAUUUGUACUACGUGCAUCAGCGUCCGUAUUCUAUCCGACGCAUUAGCAAACGCAAUGGCGGCACUGGACGAGUUAUCCGUGAAUUCUCUGGAGAGGAGAGAAGUAUUUUCAGUUUGAAAGCUUGUACGCGAUCGAAUCAGCCGAUUCCGGAAGACUCACAGGAUCAUCCGUGUCACGCAUCCAAAUGUGCUCAAUUGUGCUUCGCUGUGCCGAACAACUCGUCCGCAAACGAUGCCCCACAGCUUGUCGCACAAUGCGCAUGUAGACAAGGUUUGUACGUUUAUAAGUGGAAAGGCGUGUUUCUGCUUAGGACCAAUCACACGCAUCAUGGAUUUUUAGCUUCCUUUGAGUACUAG